AUGCUGUGUCCAUAUUACAUUAGCAGGUAUAUUGACUGUGUUAUCUAUUAUUUUCAGGCACGUGGCCAUGGAGGCUAUGAUUCUGAUUUUAGUGAUGAGGAGAGUGGAGAGAAUUCUGUGCAAAAGACUAAAAGUAAAAAGGAAGAUGUCCUUCUGAUAAAGCCAUUCCAAAAAGCAAAACAAGGCAGCGUGGUUCACAGACAAUUCGCAGCUGAAGAAUGGGAUAGGGAAGAAGCAAGAAAAAGAAGAUUUCACUUGAUAGCAAUGGAUGCCUAUGAAAGACAUAAAAAGUUUGUGAAUGACUACAUUUUAUACUACGGUGGCAAAAUAGAGGAUUUCCAACGUUCUGGAGCAAAUGACAAGACGGAUCUUGAUGUUAUUAGAGAAAACCAUAGAUUCCUCUGGAACGAAGAUGAUGAAGCAGACAUGAAUUGGGAGAAGAGGCUUGCAAAGAAGUAUUAUGAUAAAUUGUUCAAAGAAUACUGUAUAGCAGAUCUCAGUAGAUACAAAGAGAAUAAGUUUGGAUUUAGAUGGCGACAUGAGAAAGAAGUAAUUUCAGGAAAAGGUCAGUUUUCCUGUGGAAAUAAGCACUGUGAUGAGAAAGAAGGCCUGAAGAGCUGGGAGGUGAAUUUUGGUUACGUUGAACAUGGUGAAAAGAGGAAUGCGCUUGUGAAAUUGAGACUAUGUCCAGAAUGUUCCUACAAACUAAACUUUCAUCACCGGAGGAAAGAAGUCAAAGCACACAAGAAAAGAGGCACAGCUGUACCGAACUCUAAAGAGCCAAAAAUUAAGAAGACAAAAUUAUCUUGUUCAGCAAAAAAGAAGUCAAAAAAGACCCAUAAAGAUCAGGUUUCUUCAGAAGAUUCAGAAAAUUCUGAUAAAGAUUCAGAUAACAGCGAUGCACAAGAUGGUCCUUCAGAUGCUGACUUUUGGAAGGGUCCUCUACAAGAAGCAGAUGAAAAAUCACGGGAGGAGGAGUUUGAUGAGUAUUUUCAAGACUUGUUUCUCUGAAACUUGAAAUUCAUGUAGGCUGAUUUUCAUCAUGAAUUGUCAAGAUGAAAGUCUGGAAAUCCACUCAUAAUUAGGGACCAGAGACCUUCUUCUGCCAGCAUGCCUUUUCUACAGUCACUCAUAUGCACCAUUUGGGUAGAUUGUCUUUGUAGAAGGCCUCAGGUCUAAAAACUUUCUUUUUCUUGUGGUAGGCUGUUUACUCAUGAAAUAAGAGAAAUAAUUUUUUCAGUUCAGUGCAAAAGGUAUAUGGCACCCAAACUUAAAAGCAGGAAAGAUGUAAACAAACAAGAAUAUAGUUUAUUGACAUUACAUCACAGAAGUUAUCCCAAACUUCAGUUAUUGCCAGAUUUUUGUAAAGGUGCAUUUUGGAAGAUUCUGUUACUAGUUUAAAGCCAUACACUUUAAUAUAUUCAUUUUUCUAAUUUAUUAAACAAGAGUUGAAUAGCUUUAAACUUAUUAUUCAUGUAGACUUUAAUAUUCAGGUAUUGGUCUCUGCAAGUAUUUUCAAAUGCUAUUGGAGAAGUUCAAUUUUUAUCAAAUAUGUAUUUUGCUUGAAUUAGGCAAAUUAUAUCU